AUGGCGUACCGCUUUUUGCGCACGCUCCACGGCCUGGCGCCCGUCGCGGGCCUCGGCGCGGCGGCCGUCGGCGGCGCGACGGCGCUCAGCGAGCCCUGGAAGAGCGUCAAGCCGCCCGUGCAGCGGCGCCUGACGGCCGUGAGCGACGCGACGAUCGAGGCGCAGCUCUUCGUGCCCGCCGUGCCGUACCCGCAGUGGGACUACAACUGGGACCACCGCGACUUCGACUCGCACGGCAAGCGGCGGAAGCCGGGCAUGGCCGGCGCCGCGGCCGCGCGGCGCCGCCACAUCAUCCUCGUGCGCCACGGCCAGUACCAGGAGCGCAAGCUCGACGACGAGGAGCGAAUUCUGACGCCUUUAGGCCGCGCGCAGGCCGACGCCUGCGGCGCGCGCGUCGCGGAGCUCGUGCUCCAGAAGGGCGCCGUCUGCCGCGCGGUGCACUCGUCGACGAUGAGCCGCGCGCGCGAGACCGCGGACAUCAUCGCCAAGCAUUUGCCGGGCGCCUCCGUGCCCCGGGGCGCGCGCUUCGCCGCCAUGAGCCCGGCGGCGACCUGGGCGCUGCUCCGCCGCCGCGGCGCCGCCGG